UUAUAGUUAAACCUCACAAAAUGGAGAAGGAGGAACAACAAAAUAUGCAGAAUUUGUUAAACUUAACUCGGGAUAAACGCCACAAACAUACCUUGAAAUCAGAUGAUGAAAGUGGUGAGGGUAAAUCUAAAUCUAAAAUGUCCAAAUCCCGUAAAUCUAGGUCCAAAAUCACCAGUCAGUUCCUUGAAGAGAACAUGAGAAUUUUUAAAGAGAGCGGUCUCGGCAAAGAUGCUAAACCACCUGAUCAUAAGCGUGAGGUAUCAGAGACAGCCAAGCGGAAGAAUAUCUCUCAGAAGCCUCUCUACGACCUCACUGAAGAGGAACUCCAGUUAGUAGAAAAAGAAAAGCAAAAGAAAUUAGAAGAGAAGGAACGUAUGAAAGAGGCAGUCAGGAUGAAAUAACGAAGCCAGGAAAAGAGUCAAAACUGAUAUGAAAGUCUCUAUUAACGACCUUGGUUCUACUAAGAACUAUAAGACCCUCAGUUCGACGGAAGAGGUUCAUAAUUUUGUCGAAAAGUAUGGGAUAGCGAAGUAUUCCAAGAUGAUCCAAGUGGAAAAGGAAAGGCUAAAACAUCUUGGAAAUGCUAGGCAACAAUCAAACCUUGACAAUAAAAUUAAUGCAAUUGUACUACAAAAGAAAAAGAAGAAGAGUCGUAUGAGGUUCGAUGUCUUCAACAGUGCUGCAGUCCUACUUAAGCCAGAAGUAGAUGCCUCUGAGAAACAAAUUCUUGCAAAAAAUUAACUUUCUUUCUUCAAAGAAUAAAGUAAAACUAAUGAUGGCAACAGACCAGUUUUUGGAUUUCAAUGAGUUCGAGCCUGAAAAGAAAGGACAGUAUAGCCAACCUCUCAAUCCUAUGCAUAAGAAGAAGACUAGGUCUGUCCCAAGGAGAGAGGGUUUGAAAGACUCUCUACCUCCAAUCCUUGAAGUUCUUCAGGCUGAUGAAGCUGAUCAUAAAGAUAGUACAAAGCCUAAGGCUAAAAAUAGGGAACCUAGCCCAGAACUUCGAGAGGUUCGGCCUGUCAAACAAGAGAUCAAUGGUAGAAUUGAUAAAAAGACUACAAGUCUACAAGGAAGGUUGAAAAAUGUGAUUUCUAAGCAAAAUCAUUUCAAAAACAGAGGCCCUCGUCGGAAAGAUUAUGAAGAAUUUCUAAAAUAAGAAGCAAAACAAUCAAGAAGAGGACGAUGAAGAGGUGUCUGCCCCCUUCACUAAUGAGCAGUAUUCUGUUGGAUUAGUCAAACCUUCAUCCCUUUCGAAUGAGGGAGCCUCUCACAAAAGCACAUUUGAAAAUAAAAUGUACUCAAAGCAAGGCGCAAAGCUAGCAGGAAGUGCUGAUAAGCAAAAGCAUAAGAAAACUCGUUCCAAAGAAGUCUCGACUGCAUAUGAUAGAGAAACUCUAUUCAACAAGCUUGAUCCUAUCUUUCAGAAAUAUAACAAUGGCCAGAUUGAAACCUUAAACCACCAGGCUAAUAUCAAAGAUAGAGUCAGAGAGGUCACAACUGAUGUUAACAAAUAAAGAAGUGGAACAAUUCAUAAACCAAGAUUACUAUUCCCUUAUACAAUCUAAGAAAAUAGGUAGAACCAAGCAGAAGGAGGUAUUCUACUGAAACAAGAUCAACCCUAUCGAUGAUAAGUCCCUUCCCAUGCUUCUGAAAGAUGAGACUGAGAGUGGUCAGGAAUACUUUAAAUUCGAGAACGAUCCUCAUAGCCACCUUCGUGACCAAAUAUCUCAAUACUCUGAGAAUUACGUGCGAGAUCGUUACUUUUUCCAGAAGAACAAUAAGCCUUUCCUUUUAGAUGCCUAUAAGACAGGACACCGGAACCAAAAUUCGGCACCAGGGAUUAUCAAGCAGGCUACUUUUGAGACUUCAUCCUUACUAUCUAAAGAAAGUUCUGGGGAGAUAUUCACUCAAAAAGAUAUCUUAGAGCUACCAAAACUCAGCCAUACUGGAACAAAAGUGCGCCCAGAAAGGGAAAGAGUCAGUAAAGAAGAGCUCAAAAUUAGAGCCAAACUAGCUCGAAUGGAGUACAAAAUCAAGGAUCUUAAACAAGACUUCAACCAGAAGCAUCGAAAGUUGAACAAAUUCGUCGUCCUAAAAUAAGGACUCAGAAGGCAGGUUUACUAAAGUAGCCAAAAAGCGUGCUAAAAUCAAGAAGUACCUCAAACAGCAAGAGGCUAAUAAACGUGAAGGCAAAGCCGAGGUCGUCUUCGCAGAAGACAAACUUGAUGAGAUUGAAAUUGAAAUGAAAUAAACAAGCCGCUAUACGGGAGAAAAAGGCUAAACUUGAGGCUUUAAAAAAGUCCAAAAUGUUGAAAGCCCAAAAACUCACUAUUAAUCAACUCAAGAAGUUACAAAAACAUAUUAAUCAUAAGACUUAUGCCACUAAAAAGAGAGUUUGGGAAGGUAAUGGCCUAUAUUUCUGAAUUUAUAGGUGAGAACGGGAAAUUUAAAGAAAGAGACCUCAAAACAUACUUCAAAAAGUUUGAUGCGAACCAAAUCUUUGUAAAGAAGAAAAUGGAUGAUUACAAAGUUGUUAAAAGUGAUGAUGAAAAAGACUAA